UUCUCCACCCCAUCCGCUUUUACACAACUGGUCUUGGGUUCUUGAAGAGACCUGAGCGAUCAUAUUUACAGGAUGUUGCUUUUUAGGGUAUUGAAGCAAGUUUUCAAGGCAGGAGAAGGGAACAUAAUGUGGUCAUCCACACUGACCCUGGACCUGGUCCUGUUGGGCAGCUUGUGUCUUGGUGUCCAUGUAGAACGAACAUCGUACAGACCUCAGAGCUGCACGAUUGAAUGCAUCCAGCAGGGAGACCCAGAAUGUGAAUACUGCAGAAUCACAGCAGAUGAUGUGCAGUUCUCUCUCAGCAUUCCCUCUAACAGUCCUUAUGGAAGUUGUGUACCUUGGCCUUGUCACUCUUUUCUAGGCCAGGAAACCCCAGAGGUCUGCCAGCAUUAUGUUAAUGCUCCACACAAUAUUAGCAUUGAGUUUGAAGGCAGUGAAGAUCCUCUAUAUGAUGCCAUUACUGUGUCAUGGAGCCCAAGCCAGUUCGGUAUUGCAUUCUUACGUGGAUUUCAAGUAACCCUGCAAGCACUUGGUGGCUCUCAGGUCAUUUGUCAACUCUUUCUCCUUCGUAAUAAUCUGUCUCUCACCCCUGCACAUGCCCAAACGGUUUAUCACUCAGACCUCUUCACACAUCUGUCGUUGGAUACUGAAUAUGUCGUGACUAUCAUGGCAUUGCCUGUACCUGAGCAGUGGGACCGGUUUCAUGAGAAGAAAUUUUUUUUUACACGCUCAUGUCCUGAAAAAAAUGGUCUUGAAGAGUGUAAGGAUGACUGGUAUCCCAGCUACAUUGAGGUACACCAGGAGAACCAGGACAUUCUCGUGACCUUUAACCUAGCACCUGAGAACUUCAAAAUACGGCACUAUUUUUCAUCAUGCUUUGGAGGCGGGCUACGAAAUUACACAACUAUUAAGCCAGAUUUCAGUGUAAACAAGACACAUCACACAUACCGUUUGCAGAAUCUCCAAGCAGGUAUAAACUAUACCUGUGAGAUUGCAGCUGAUGUCCUGGAUGCCGUUAGGAAAACAUUCUUAGUUGUAGUUCAACAUAAUUCUGAAGAGCCAUUAACCUCACACAUCACAGAGAGCGCUUCACUCAUUGUCCUCUUGUCAGUGGGAAUUUUGCUAGCUGCUACUGCGGUGCUCACCUUCACUGUUGUCAUUGAGAAAAGAAAGAAGAAGAAAACAGUCAAGACUAAAUUAAGACCAGAUAUAAUUGAACAGUACUAUGAAAAAAAGAUGGAUGAAGGACAAUGUGUUUUGCUGGACAAUAACACCCGCCCCCCUCGUCUUCUUAUUUGUUACUCUAACAAUGAUGGUCCUGCCCAUGUAAGAGUUGUGUUGCAAUUGGCUGCUUUUUUACAAAAGCACAUGGCUACAGAGGUGCAUUUGGACUUAUGGGAGACCCUUAGCAUUAUGGAGGAGGGCAAUAUUGGGUGGCAUUGCAGGAGAAUGAAGGAGUGUGACUUUGUGCUGGCCAUUUGCUCCAGAGGUCUCCUUCAGAACCAGAAAAACAAGUACGAGGACGAGGAACCCGUGAAGAACCCCACUUUAGCCACCAUUGCCAUAAUCGGAGAGGAGAUGUGCCAUGCCAAAGCCCUGGGUCAGGACCUCUCCAAAUACAUGGCUGCCAUUUUUGAGUACUCACAGGAAUCAGAUAUCCCAGCUAUACUAGGCCUUGCUUCAAGAUACAUGCUGACCAAAGACUUACCUUUGCUCUUCUCCCAUCUUCAUGGAGUGGCUUUGCAGAAGCCUGGAUUUAACCUGCAGGUGGAUAACAUUUCAGAAAGCGGUUUCUCUAAACUCCCAGCUGGGGUGGCACUACAGCUGGCCAUCCAGGAGGCCAAAGCACUUAUCUCCGAUGAGCAGACUGAAGAGGAAUAUGUAGGAAUUCCAAUCAUUUCAUAAGAGUCCCAGCAAGACAAUGCAAUAAAACUGCUUUAGUGUGUGCACUCACACCCAUUACAUGCCCUAGAUGGAACAUACACAAUGGCUUUUAUUCACUAUAAUAAUAUAUAAUAAGAUGUGCCAUACAGGCUUCCUUUUUGGGGUUUUAUCCCCCUGCUGCUUCUGUGUUUGUUAGACUUAUGAUUUAAGCCUGCCAGAUGAAAAUUCAAAAGAGUUGAUUUAAAGGAGGGACCUGAGCCUGGGCUUUUCUGACUUGAGCUACCCAAAACACCCUAGAAACGCCCUAGCAAUCACCUAGAACACCUUAGAAAGUGCAUAGGAGUGGCAUGGCAACCACCCACAACACCUCUGCAUCGUGGAGACAUGUUUUGCACCACUUAAAAUUUCUCAAAUAAAAAGGUAGUUCAGCUUGAGUCUUUAAUCCCUCUUCAGACCGCUGUGAAAAAAACUCAUAUGCGGGAAGCUGAAUUAUUUUGGAAGAUGAUGUGUGAGCAGAAUAUUGUGAAUGUAAAUUAAAUGUCCCACUUGUAAGUGUAUUUAUAAUUGCAUAAAUGUAUGUAAUCUUUUGCUCAUGUAUAUGAAUGUGAAAUGUAAUCAAGUGAAUAUUCACAGUAUUUGCAUGCAUAUCCAUCAGUUUGGCACUAUUGGAGUCUUUUUCUAUUACCACUGCACAACAAAUGCCAAACAUAAUAGUGAAAAUUGUAUUAUAUUAAUUAUUUUUUUAUUUUUUGUGAAAUUUGCCCAAGGCUGACCUGAAGUUUUGCUUUUUUUUUUUUAUUACCAAAUAACCUUUUUUUCUUGAAGUAAUUCCAGUUUCUUGAAAUUAAGUACUUAUGCUGCAGCUAUUUUUGCUUUUGUAUAACAUGAAGGGAAAUGUUGUUUUACUGUUUUUUUUAUUGUACAUUAUUCUUUGUGGCAAUAUACAUCUAAAUGUCUUUGCGUGGUCUUCUGUUAAUUAUAAAUACAACACUCAUUUAGCAAAGAAUAACAAUGAAACCCACCAGUUUCUCAUUCUUAAAUCAGCAUGGUAAAUAUCUUUGUUUCCAGAAUACAAGCUAAAAAAAAAAGUUCUUGCACAUACAGUUUAUUAUUGCAUGAGAUUUUACAAAUAAACUUACAUUUU